AACUAGUGUUAGGGGGAGAUAUAGAUGCUCGGUGCUGUACUCGGGCCUCGUUACUGGCUUUCUAUUCUUCCACGCUACAUCCACCGCGUCCGUCACCGUGCUGUACAGCCGCACCUCUCUUCGGUGACAGAUUUGUUUAAAGUGUCCAGCCAUACCUGCAGAAGAAUGGAAACUGUUGAAAUGGCAACAAUUUCGUUGAAGCGUCCCCUUUCAACUGAAGACCCCACUAUUGAUGAGGCCAAAAGGCAAAAAGUGUCAGAAAAGUCUUUCAAUGAUGUGCAAAAAACUGUUGUUGAAAGCACAAAAGCCAUCAAUACAGAGAUUAUUGCUGAAGUGCUACGUGGGAAAGCAGAGGAUGAAGAAAGUGAGGGAGAAGAUGAACUCUUGGAAGGAGGAGAGUCUGGAGAGGCCGACCCUGAAAGCUUUGCGGAUAUGAUGAAGCAUGGUUUGACUGAACUUGAUGUUGGCAUCACUAAAUUUGUGAGCUCUCAUGAAGGGUUUUCUGGGAUCUUGAAGGAGAGGUAUUCUGAUUUUGUUGUACACGAGAUAGGAAAAGAUGGUAAAAUCAUAUACUUGAAUGACUUAACGAUCCCAGCAAAUGAUGAGGAUCCUUCCGAAGAAAUUUAUACGGUUCUUUCAGAGGACGAGAAGAAACGCUUGGAAGAACUUCAGCUAUUUAAAAAUAAGGAAGCCAAUGUAGCCAUAGAGGUUGUUGAUGACACCAAAGAGAAGAGGACAAUCAUUCAUCAGGCUGUAAAAGGCUUAUUUCCAGGACUAGAAACUAAAACUGAGGAUCGGGAUGGAAAGAAGUUUAUCAUAGCCUAUCAUUCAGCUGGCAAAAACGCUUUAUCAAAUCCACGCAAGCAUUCUUGGCCAAAAUCCAGAGGAAGCUAUUGCCAUUUUGUGCUAUACAAAGAAAACAAAGACACAAUGGAUGCCAUUAAUGUGCUUUCCAAGUUUCUAAGGGUUAAGCCCAAUAUAUUUUCCUACAUGGGGACCAAAGAUAAGAGGGCUAUAACUGUUCAAGCAAUUGCAGUUCUCAAAAUUACAGCACAGAGGCUGGCACACUUAAACAAAUGUUUGAUGAACUUCAAAUUGGGAAACUUUACGUACCAGACGAAUCCACUGAAAUUGGGGGAGCUUCAAGGAAAUCAUUUCACAGUAAUUUUAAGAAAUAUCAGCGGGACAACGGAACAAGUGGAGCAAGCCAUGACAUCUCUCAGGAAUACUGGAUUUAUAAAUUAUUAUGGCAUGCAGAGAUUUGGAACUACAGCUGUACCUACUUACCAGGUAGGAAGAGCUAUCCUUCAGAGCAACUGGAAUGAAAUGAUAGACCUAAUAUUAAAGCCAAGACCAGGAGCCGAAAAAGGAUAUUUAGUUCAGUGCAGAGAAGAGUGGGCAAAGACAAAGAACCCAGAUGCUGCUCUCCGGAAACUGCCUGUUAAGAGAUGUUUAGAAGGUCAGCUGCUUCGUGGGCUUUCAAAGUAUGGACUGAAAAACAUUGUGUCAGCAUUUGGCAUAAUACCUAGGAACAACCGGCUAAUGUAUAUCCACAGUUAUCAGAGCUAUGUGUGGAAUAACAUGGUCAGCAAGAGGAUUGAGGAGUAUGGACUUAAAGUUGUUCCUGGGGAUCUUGUGCUCAAAGGAGCCACUGCUAUUACAGUAGAUGAAAAUAAUAUUGACGGUUACAGCAUUCAUGAUGUAGUUAUGCCACUGCCAGGCUUCGAUGUCAUCUACCCUAAGCACAAACUUGCUGAAGCUUAUGAAGAAAUGCUGGCUGCUGACAAUCUUGACAUUAAAAACAUGAGACAUAGAGUAAAAGAUUAUUCCUUAGCUGGAGCUUACAGAAAAAUUCUGAUACGACCCCAAGACGUUAGCUGGGAAGUUGUUGCAUAUGAUGACCCGAAGAUCUCUUUAGUCGGUACGGAUCUGGAAAAGCUGGAGGGAAAACCAUUACCUGUCUUUAAUAAAGAAGGAAAAUACAACGCACUGAAGAUGGAAUUCUCCUUACCACCUUCUACAUAUGCUACAAUGGCUGUUAGAGAAGUACUUAAAAUGGACACAAGUAUCAAGAACCAGACCCAGCUGAAUACUGUGUGGCUACGUUGAGUUUAUUCUAUAGCCACAAUUAGUUUUAUCCGUAACAUCUUGUGGAUCUGGCUAACUUUUUUAAUGACUGGUUUGUUUCACCUUUACAAGUGGAAUACAAUACUUUAUAUAAACAUGCGUUGAAUUUUAAUCAAGAAGAUUUUUACACUUUUGUUUGUAGACCGCUCUAAUGUUUUUCAACCCUUUUGUAACGAGAUGCUUAAGCUUUUAUAGGUGCCAGAGCUGCAGCAUAUUUAAUAUGUUGCAGUGGAGAGGGGGCAGUUUUGCCAUCCAUGAGCUUAAACUUGUUUGCGAUUAAAGUGCCCGCAAUUUGCAGGUCCUCCUUGUUAAAUUAAUCAAGUUGAUUCUUUAUUAUUUGGGCCAACAUUUGUAUAGCAUUAAUACACAUAUAUCAUUGUAAUAUAGUAUUUCUGCAUGCUUUUUUUUUUUUUUAAAUGUUUUUAAUUGCAGUCUGUAUCCUGAGAGAUGUCUUAAUUAAAACAGACUGCCCCACACCUGGCUCUGGCACAGGAUAGGUUGAAGCCAGAUAUGUCUGGGAAUCAUUAUGCCUCUAUCACAGUACCUGUCACAACAAGAACGAUAUAGAUUGUAAGCCUAACAGAGUUAAGAAAGCUAAAACAUUUAAACGAUUGAUUGUAAAUACAUGUAGCUAUCUGAAAUUUGCUAGCAUAAUUGUGUGUUAAGUAGUUAUGGGCAAUGUCCAUAAAAUUAGAAUUUUGACAAAUAUUUAAUAUUCCUUGAAAGAUACUGAUGCUUAUUUCAGUUUUAUUUUUGAACUCAAACAAAAUGGUAUUUAGCAGAUGGAAUGAUCAAACAGACGUUCACAAAAUGCAUGUGAUUCAACUUGCAUCUAACGGAUAUGGGAAAAAAUAUUGGAGUAUGACAUUGUAAUGCUAAAUCUAAUGAACAAAACAGAAUGUGGCCUAAGAGUAGGAGAGCUUAAUUUACUUUUUUUUUUUUUUUUACUGUACAUACAUUGUAGAGAAACUUUAUUUUAUUAGGUUGCAACGUUUUCUAUAUUGUGGGGUUUGUUUUGUUUGUUUUUUUGUUUUUUUCGGGGGGGAGUUGGGGCGGUUUGACCUUUUGAAUAUAUUUACAAGUGAAGUUUCAUGAAAAGCAAAACUAGGACACAUGGUGUGGACCGGCUAAAUGAUAUUGCAUAGCCAUCAGAAUAUUACAUUUAUUUGUUUUAUGGAAUUCUACAGAUCUCUUACAAAGCCAUUUUAUUAAUAAACUUGAACACAAAACAUGCAAAA